AUGGCUCACAAAAUGUCCAUGCUUCUGGAUCACAAACAAAAAGCACUGACGUCCGUGGAUCCUUCAAUAACAUCGGAAAAGGGUCCCAGAAUUUCAAUGGUAACAACAUUAAUAGCCAUUGAAACUAAUCGAACCUACUAUCAAUGGGCUGUUUCAAGCAACAUAACAUGUUCAAGUGUCGGAGAUAGAUGGUGGAGUUACCAAGGAUGCUUCUACAUGCUACUUUUCUUCUCGGAGGAGAAUUAG